AUAAGAGACAUGUGAAGCAACCCAGAGAGGGAAUCUGCUAGGAGACUUCUGCAAGAGUCUUCAUCACAUCGUGUUUGAUGGAACAUGAGGAAAACAUAGGCCUCUUCACCUCUUCACAUCUUGGAACCUGAGGAGCCAGUGCAGAAUCAAGUGGGGGACUCCAUAUCCUAGAAAAUGCUGGAGCCACUGAGAGGAGUUCUUUGAAGAACUAGGCUCUUCAAGCCUCUUCUACUUCCCGUUGACUAUAAUCAAAACCCAAAAGAAAGAACAUGACAUUUGGAGGCAGAAGACUUAGUUUCAAAUUCCUGCUCCUUCACUUACUAAUUUUGUGAUUUGGGAAAUAUCUGUGCAAGAUGUUGACGUUGCAGAUUUGGCUAGUGAAAGCUUUGCUUAUUUUCCUCACAACUGAAUCUAUAGGUGAACUUCUGGAUCCCUGUGGUCACAUCAACCCUGAAUCUCCAAUAAUAGAACGUGGCUCUAAUUUCACUGCAGUUUGUGUGCUAAAGGAAAAAUGUAUGGAUUAUUUUCAUGUAAAUGCUAAUUACAUUAUCUGGAAAACAAACCAUCUAACUGUUCCUAAGGAACAAUAUACCAUCAUAAACAGAACAGCAGCCAGUGUUACCUUUACAAAUGUAGUUUCACCAAAUCUUCAGCUUACUUGCAACAUUCUUACAUUUGGACAAAUUGAGCAGAAUGUUUAUGGAAUUACAGUUCUUUCAGGAUUUCCCCCAGAAAAACCUAAAAACUUGAAUUGCAUUGUGAAUGAAGGAAGAAAAAUGAUGUGUCAGUGGGAUCCUGGAAGGGAAACAUACUUGGAAACAAACUUCACUUUAAAAUCUGAAUGGGCAACAGAGAAGUUUGAUGAUUGUAAAACAAAACCUGACACCCCCAACUCAUGCCUUGUUGACUAUUCUCCUGUGUAUUUUGUCAACAUUGAAGUCUGGGUAGAAGCAGAGAAUGCCCUGGGGAACGUUACUUCAGACCAUAUCAAUUUUGAUCCUAUAGAUAAAGUGAAGCCUAAUCCACCACGUAAUUUAUCAGUGAGCAACUCAGAGGAACUGUCCAGUAUCUUAAAAUUAUCCUGGAUCAAUCCAAGUAUUAAGAGUGUGAUAAGACUGAAAUAUAACAUUCAAUAUAGGACCAAAGAUGCCUCAACUUGGAGCCAGAUUCCUCCUGAAGAUACAGCAUCUACCCGGUCUUCAUUCACUGUCCAGGACCUUAAGCCUUUUACAGAAUAUGUGUUUAGGGUUCGCUGUAUGAAGGAAGAUGGUAAGGGAUUUUGGAGUGAUUGGAGUGAAGAUGCAAGUGGGAUCACAUAUGAAGAUAGACCAUCCAAAGCACCAAGUUUCUGGUAUAGGAUAAAUCCAUCCCAUUCUCAUGGCUAUAGAUCUGUACAACUUAUAUGGAAGACAUUGCCUCCUUUUGAAGCCAAUGGGAAAAUCUUGGAUUAUGAAGUGACUCUUACAAGAUGGAAAUCACUUUUACAAAAUUACACAGUUAAUGACACAAAAUUGACAGUAAACCUCACAAAUGAUCGCUAUAGUGCAACUUUGACAGCCAGAAAUCUAGUUGGCAAAUCAGAUGCGUCCAUUUUAACUAUCCCUGCCUCUGACUUUCAAGCUACUCACCCUGUAACAAAUCUGAAAGCGUUCCCCAAAGAUAACAUGCUUUGGGUAGAAUGGACUGCUCCAAGUAAAUCUGUAAAGAAAUAUGUACUUGAAUGGUGUGUACUGUCGGAUAAAUCACCCUGUAUCCCAGACUGGCAGCAAGAAGAUAGUACCGUGCAUCGCACCUAUUUAAGAGGGAAACUAAUGGAGAGCAAAUGUUAUUUGAUAACUAUUACUCCAGUUUAUGCCAAUGGACCGGGAAGCCCUGAAUCUACAAAGGCAUACCUUAAACAAGCUCCACCUUCCAAAGGACCUACUGUUCGGACAAAAAAAGUGGGGAAGAAUGAAGCUGUCUUAGAGUGGGACCAACUUCCUGUUGAUGUUCAGAAUGGAUUUAUCAGAAAUUACACUAUAUUUUAUAGAACCAUUAUUGGAAAUGAAACUGCUGUGAAUGUGGAUUCUUCCCAUACAGAAUAUACACUGUCCUCCUUGACCAGUGACACAUUGUACAUGGUACGGAUGACAGCAUACACAGAUGAAGGUGGAAAGGACGGUCCAGAAUUCACUUUUACUACACCGAAGUUUGCUCAAGGAGAAAUAGAAGCCAUAGUCGUGCCUGUUUGCUUAGCAUUCCUGUUGACAACUCUUCUGGGAGUAUUGUUCUGCUUUAAUAAGAGAGACUUAAUUAAAAAACACAUCUGGCCUAAUGUUCCAGAUCCUUCAAAGAGUCAUAUUGCCCAGUGGUCACCUCAUACCCCUCCAAGGCACAAUUUUAAUUCAAAAGAUCAAAUGUAUUCAGAUGGAAAUUUCACUGAUGUAAGUGUUGUGGAAAUAGAAGCAAAUGAUAAAAAGCCUUUUCCAGAAGAUCUGAAAUCACUGGACCUGUUCAAGAAGGAAAAAAUUAGUACUGAAGGACACAGUAGUGGUAUUGGGGGGUCUUCAUGCAUGUCAUCUUCUAGGCCAAGCAUUUCUAGCAGUGAUGAAAAUGAAUCUACACAAAACACUUCAAGCACUGUGCAGUAUUCUACUGUCGUGCAUAGUGGCUACAGACACCAGGUUCCAUCUGUCCAGGUCUUUUCAAGAUCUGAGUCUACCCAGCCUUUGUUAGAGUCAGAGGAGCGACCAGAAGAUCUGCAGUUGGUAGAUAAUGUAGACAGCGGUGAUGGCAUUUUGCCCAGGCAACAGUAUUUCAAACAAAACUGCAACCAACCUGAAACCAGUCCAGAUAUUUCACAUUUUGAAAGGUCAAAGCAAGUUUCAUCAGGCAACGAGGAAGAUUUUAUGAGACUUAAACAGCAGCAGAUUUCUAAUCAUAAUUCACAGUCCUCUGGAUCUGGCCAAAUGAAAAUGUUUCAGGAAGUUUCUGUAGCAGAUGCUUUUGGCCCAGGGAUUGAGGGACAAGUAGAGAGAUUUGAAACAGUUGCGAUUGAGGCUGCAAUUGAUGAAGGGAUGCCUAAAAGUUACUUACCACAGACUGUAAGACAAGGUGGCUACAUGCCUCAGUGAAAGACUAGUUCCUUCAACUUCAACACCUAUGAAAUAAAGCUAAAAAUAUUUUGUCUGUGACUUCAGAUAAAAAACAAUCUUCACUCCCUGAAGAUGAUCAUUUGCCCUGAAGGACAAAAAUCUUACCUGGACUGUUUUCAUUCCAGAACAACUGGGAUUUUACUUUAAGCACUACAGAAACUGACUUUAUCCUCUGAAUAGCUGAAGACUUUGUGCUCUUUUACAAUGUUUGCACUGAAGAAAAACAGAAAGCUUAUCUGAACUUUAUGGAAUUAAACUUUAUGUUUUACUUUACAUAGAAAAUAGCAUUUACAUAAUGAGCAGCAAUCGAAUAGUCAUACUGAUUUUGAUGAGAAUAAUCAUCAAAAACAAGUGGCUUAGGGAUAGUUAAUGUAAAAAAAGAGGAGCAAGAUCUAGAUCCUUUACUUCAUCUGACAUCAUAAUUUAAAAAGAGGUCCAUAGGGCAUGACUAUCUGAGCCCAUCUUUUGAGGUCUCACAAAAGAAAUGGUGGGGGUAGUUCAUUUAUAGGACACAGAAUAUACUUCAGUUCCCUUGUGUAGGUAAUGAUGCUGCCAAAUGUUACUGGAGAAAAGGAACUCCAGAGCUCUAACUUGGCAGAUUAAAAAUAUUUUUAAUAUUAUAUAAUCGAGAUCUUACUAAAUUUAAAAAAUUACUAACAUCCUCUUUUAAGAUCCAUUUCACAAAUUAAGCAGAGGGCCCUUAUAAGAGCUAGGAAUAAACAUCACAAACUAUCUCAAGAAUCUUAAAAAUUGUUUGUCAUUUUUAAGACAAAUUAACAUUUUAUAUAUAUAUGUGUAAACAUCAUUGACCCUUGUUAAAACUUCACAGAAUUUGGUUAACUCAAAGCACUUUGUACAAUGUCUGCAGCUUAAAAUGUAUUUUUACUGAAUAUGCCUUGUUUUUAAGUAUACCAAGCUUUAAAUUUUUCUAAUAAGUGUUUGAAGAAAACUAAGAGGGCAGUAUUCAUCAGAACAAAAAUGGAACCCUAAAAACGUACAUAUUGAUUAUAGUAUGAGAGGUAUUUUUUGUUUUGUUUUGCAUGGGUAGGGAUCAGUUUUUGUUUUCUGUGUUGCCUGGGCUGGCCUCAAACUUCUGAGCUCAAAUGAUCCUGCCCAGCCACCCCAGUAGCUGGGACACAGGCAUGUGCCAUGCACCUGCCAAGAAUAGUAUUUUAUUUUAAUAUCUGCCUGUUCUGAGGUAGAGUGGAACUUAGUUCUACAUUGUGAUAUAGAAAUAUUUUAAACCUCUCCCAAUUCUGUUCUUCAGGGGAGAAGCGAGCCAGGCUUCCAGGGUUUAGCUUAAAGUCACUAAUUCAUUUGUGCCAUCCUCUGAUAACCUAUGCAUGACCUGAAGCAGGGGUUAAAGAAUGGGGUUGAGUAAAUGAGAAGAAAUUGUCAUGCUCUAUUAGUGGUUAACUACUACCGUCAAGUGAAUUCAGAGGAAAAAGGUUUUAUUUUUUACUAGUAAGUUUCAGAAAACAGGCAGACUUAAAAUAGUUUGUAGAUGUUAUUAAAGAGUAAAAGGCUAAAACAUUGUUAUAUAUUUGAAUUCUUUUACUUGGAAUAUUGUUCUAUUAGGCUUCCUGCUAUAUUUUAUCAUUUGUGUUCUUGCAUUUAUAUAAUGCCUAAUACUUUUCUGAGUUCUUUUACAUAUAUGAUCUUUGUGAGAGUAGAUGCUUUAUUCUGAUAUCUAGUUUCCUACUUUGGCAAAACCAACUUGAGAUUAAUAAAAUGAUAGAGUAAGGAGAUGAAGAAAAUAGGGCCCAGAGAGGUCAAGAAGGGACAGAGAGACCCAGAUUCACACUACAAGAUAACGGUGUCACCAGCAUUCUAGAUGGCCAUCAAAUGCUGGUCCAGGUCAGGACUAGAUGUAUCUUUUGCUAUGUAUAUUUCUGUCAGGAAAUUUGUACCUAUUUUAUUUUUUAUUUCCUCAAAUUAAGUAAUGAUGUUAUUGUGAUCAUGUUUAACUCUACCCUUCCUCAUAACAAAUAGCAGUGUUGUGAAGAACAUUGUAAACUUUGUACAUUUGGGGGAGCAUUUAUAAAAUGUGAACUCAUGAUCCAAGGGCAUGAGAAUGGAGGGUCAUGGAAGAAAGGACUGCACGUAAGUAGAUUUGCAUGAUGAAUCCCAUAUAGAAGAUGGUCCAGUGAGUGAAUGCCACAGAGCACUUUAGACAUGUUACGUGGUUACAUUUGUUACUGUGCAAAAAUUCAUUCAGGAAAAAAAUAUUGGCACACCAGUAAGUAAUGUACACUUUGCCCUGAAAAGAAAAGCAAUCAUAAAACUUGUUUUAAAUACAAAAUUACUUUUCUAGAGCAUGUUUUAGAAUAAUCUUUUGAUGCAUGUACAUUGUAUUAUAGGUAGGCAGAGAAAUCUGGUUUAUUUAUGUAAAAACUAGUCUAAUAAAGUUAGUGGAUUUAUUACUCUUUAAAUUGUUAGUGUGGUUUAAUGCUAGUUCGCCAGAAGACAGUGUCUUUGUGGACAAAAUUAAUACACUGCUUCUAAUGCAGUUUGCCCCUAUUAGGAUUAAAAAACAAAAACCAACCUAUGUUAUAUGUGUUGCUAUUGUAAUUUAACCAUCAGUUACUGGUCUUUUGGUAUCCUACCCUUAGCUGUCAUAAAGGAUAAUGCUGAAUAAUUAUCAGAAAAUUAAAACUUCAGGCUUUUUCUGUUAAAAUAUAAAUUUUUCAUCCUUUUUUAAAUAUGAACACACUCAACAUUUGAAUAGAACCAGGGAGAAAAACACAAAACCAUUUAUGUCUUCAUGCCUGUUCUCUACCUAGUUCAUUUAACUUCAGCCUUAUUCCUUGAAAAGUGAUUCUACCACCUAAAGUCCACCCAGUGACCCUAGCUCUUAUUUUGAAAUUAAAGGUUAAUGAAGUUUGUAUACUUAUAAGAUACUUAUUUAUUAAAGCUCAUAUUUAAGGUAGUUUUAGAAAUAGAAAUCAAAUAAUUUUUAAAUAUGUAAUUUUUUGCCCAUGUUAACUAGUUAAAACUAUAAUAUAUAUAUAUAUAUAAAAGUAUGAUGAUCAGAUAGAAUUCCCAGAAAUAUUUGCCUAUUAUCAUAUGUUUAACCAAGGAAAUCAAGAAGGAGAAAUAUUCCUCCAUUCACUUAUAUCCUACAUCAUUCUCCUUUUUUAUUUUACUCAGCUGGUUUUAAGAGCAAAUUUCUAAACCACAUACUUGUGUUUCAGUAAAAUUUUAUUAUGGUGAAAUGAGUAAAAUAUCAAAACAAUAAGCUAUGUAAAACUUAAUUUUUAAAAAAUAAUUUAACAUUAUUUCAAAGAAUUGGAAUAGCUUUCUAUUAUAGGCAUCACUGUUACAUUGCCCAGGUAAGAUUACUUUUUUAAUUAAAAAAAAAAUUGUACUUUAUGUACAUUUAGAAAACACACAGCCAUAAUAAUGGCCAGCUAUUUAGGAUUAGUCUAAAACUGGGGAUUAUCACAGACUGCAAAGAAAAAAGUACAUACUAGCAAGCCUACAGCCUAAUUCUUUAGACUGGUCCUUGGCAGCAGUUCCUUUUCAGAUUGUUAAUAAAGUGAAUUAAAAUAUAAGUCAAAAAAAUUUUUCUAAAGUCAACAAUAUCUUUUGGAUUAGUUGAUUUUUCCCAUCAUGUAUUCUCCAAGUCUGUGCAUUAGCAUAUGUUCUAGUACACACAGCAUUAGAUAAAAGGUGCAGCUCAGGGUGAGCUCUUCUGUUACUUACUUGUUCCUAUAUUUUUAAAGGCUUUUUGCUAUCAAUAACUCCCUCAGACUGGUUAGUUUCAUUACCCAGUUGUUGACAGAUAAUAAUGAAAAUGCAUUCAAGGCCGGUGGUGAUAAAUAUUCCCAGUCUUUAUCCCUUGAACACAUGCUUUGGUAACUACAGGUUUCAAAUGCCGUUACAUGAAUACCAAAAUGAUGUGUCAGAAACAAUUUAAAGAUGGGUAUUUGAGAACUGUUUGUAGUCUUUAAUGUGCAUUAUAUUAAAUGAUAUACUUUAAAUGUGCAAUUUGCUAGCACAACACGCAGUGAUUAGCAUUAGGCGUGUGUCAUGUGUACAUCCUAGCCGUGCCCUAUAUCUUGUAAGUACAAUCCUUUAUGUUCACAUGCUGUCUCACCCCACCUCAUCUGAUUUCAUUUGGAAGGCUCUUGUAUGUAUUUUUAAAUUGCAGUGAAUUGUGUGUGCUAAUUAAAACCACAGCUGUCAUUUUUAUGUUGACAUAACUCUAAAUAUUAUCAUAAACAUUUUACUAUAUAUCAAUUCUAAUCAUUUAAGUAAAUUUAAGAAAUAAAUUCUCAUUAAGUUUU